AAGCUAUCGAUAAUAAUUAAUAACAAUCCUAGAAGUCAGAUCAUACCGUAGACAUAUACAUCCAGAUAUACACGACAUGACCUCCCCCAUCGCUCAACGUCAACUCGGCUCGUCCGGCCUUCAAGUCGGAGCCAUCGGGUUCGGAGCGAUGAUGAUGACCUGGUGUGACCCUAAAGAGGUCAAGAGCGAUGAAGACGCGUUCGCUUCCAUCAAAUCCGCCGUAGACGCCGGAGCGACCUUCAUCAACUCCGGCGCAUUCUACGGGAACCCCGGAUCAGAAACAGCCAACCUCGAACUCCUCCGACGGUUCUUCGACAAAUACCCGGAUUAUGUGGAUCGGGUCGUCUUGAGUGUGAAAGGGGGUGCGAAGGGGGGUAAGAUCUUCAGUGGGAUUGACGCUAGCAUGGAAAACCUCCGAGCAGACCUCGACCGGAUCCAUACCGCCCUCGGUCCCAAGAAGAAAGUCGACAUCUACGAGGUCGCCCGUGUAGACCCUACGAUGACGAUCGAGGAGAUCAUGAAAAACCUGGUCGAGUUGAAGGAAGAGGGGCAUUUCAAGCACAUUGGCGUCUCAGAGAUCCACCCGACAGCUCUCCGGAAAGCCCACGCCGUCCAUCCGAUCGCAGCCGCCGAGAUCGAGAUCUCCGUGUUCAACCUCCAACCGGAAGCGCUCGAGGUCGUCAAGGUCGCCGAGGAAUUGGGGAUCGCUGUGGUCGCUUAUUCACCCCUUGGAAGAGGAAUGUUGACGGGACGAUACCGUUCCCCCGAAGAUAUCCCUGCGGACGAUGUGAGGAAGAAGAAUCCUCAAUUCCAGGGGGACAACUUCAAGAUCAACUUGGAGAUCGUCGACAAGCUCACGGCGAUCGCCGAGAAGAAGGGAGUGUCUUCGGGUCAAUUGGCCUUGGCGUGGUUGCUCCAAAAGUCUGACAAGAUCAUCCCUAUUCCCGGCUCAGGCUCAGCCAAACGUACCGUCGAAAAUAUCCAAUCCGUCAACGUCCACCUCUCCUCGGAAGAGCUCGGCGAGAUCGAAGGCAUCUUGAGCAAGUUCAAGCCCGCCGGAGACCGAUACGCCAACAACGGGCACGGGUUGUUGUGGGGCAAGGGAAGGGAGGAUUAGCGUCAGAUGCGAUGUGAGCAGUUGUAGAAUCGAAAGGUUGUAACGACUUGAUCAGCAAAUAAGACGAUCAACAAACAAGAAGGCAACGAUGAUGUCGACAAGAGGGCUGGUCUGGUUUUG